AUGGGACAUGAGGAGCAAGGAAGGACUUGGCACAUGGACGCAGCUCAACUGGAUACGCAAAGGAAGAAGGAGGAAGCCAUCUUGAAGACCAGCUCGACCAUCUACUCGACCAACCGGUCGAGUUCCUCAACUCGACCGGCCAAGCUUCAACUCGAUCGAGCUGAGAAGUCAACAGUCAAACCCGAAAAAUGCGAUUCUCCACAUGGAAGUGAUGGAAAUCGCUGGAAAAGGUCCACUAAGAGCUCCAAUACUCUUGCUCUCGAAAUGGAGUUCAUAGGGGUUGGAUGGAUUAGUUUGAGCAAUGAUCCUAUGGCCUCCAAGGCUUGA